AUGUAAAUACAAAGAAAAGAUCAUAGUAAAUUAGCAAUAAUAGGGAAUGUAGAUUCUGGUAAAUCAACAUUGGUUGGUGUUUUGAGUAAAGGAAUUUUGGAUGAUGGAAGAGGUGAAGCAAGAGAAGUAUAAAUAUAAAUUAAAUGAAGCGUGUCUUUAAUUAUAAACAUGAGAAGGAAAAUGGUAGAACUUCAUCUGUGGCUUAAGAAAUAAUGGGAUUUGAUGAAAAUUUUAAAUAAGUUUUGCCUGAGAGAUUUAAUCAAAAUAAAAACAAAUAUUGGAGUUAAGUUGUAGAGAAGAGUUAGAAGAUAGUUACAUUCUUAGAUUUAUGUGGUCAUGAGAAAUAUUUAAAAACAACAAUAUUUGGUUUAGUAGCAAUGGUUCCUGAUUGUUCCUUAAUAAUAGUAGGAGCAAAUAUGGGUGUUUCAAAGAUGACUAAAGAACAUCUAGGAGUAAGUAUGUUCUUGGGUAUACCUUUUGCAAUAAUCUUAACAAAGAUUGAUAUUGCCCCAUAAAAUAUCUACAAUGAUACUCUUGAACUUUUAAAAUAAUUAAUAAAGAGUCCUGCAAUUAAGAGAACUGCUAUUGUAUUUGAUUAAAAUUCUGAAAUGAAUGAAAUAGAUAAAUGGGCAGGAUUGAUGCAUGGAAAUAAUGUUGUACCCAUAUUUCAAGUGUCAAGUGUCACAGGAAUUGGAUUAUAACAAUUAAAUAGGUUUAUAAGUAGAGUACCAAAUAGAGAUUAAUUAAAUAAAGCUUAUCACACAGUUAAUGAUCCAUUUUAAUUUGAUAUCUAAGAAAAUUUCAAUGUUACAGGAGUUGGAAUUGUAGUUAGUGGUAUAAUGAGAAGUGGGAAAGCAGCUUUAAAUCAACAUGUGCUUUUAGGUCCAGAUAAAAAUAAAUGUAUUUAAAUUAAAUUAAUAUUAUAGAAUUUAAAUCUGUAACCAUAAAAUCAAUUCACAUCGAUAGAGUAUUAGUUGAUUCUGCUUAAGUUGGUGAAUUUGCUUGCUUCUCUCUUAAACCAUCUAAAGCUGGUGAUAAAUUAGAUAGAGCUGAUUUUAGAAAAGGAAUGAUUCUUAUUGAUCCCACUCUAAAACCAGAACCUGUUAAUGAAUUCGAAGUAUUUUAUUUAAAUCUAAAUUAGGCAAAAAUUCAUAUACUUCAUCAUCCAACUACUAUGUGUAAAGGAUACCAAGCUGUCAUGCAUUGUGGUGUUGUUAGAUAGGCAGUUGAAAUCAAAAGCAUAUCUGAACAUGAAAUCUUGAGAACUGGAGAUGUUGAUACUGUUAGGUAUAUUUAAUUUUAAUCUUUAGACUCAAAUUCUUAUAUGCUGCUGAAUAUUUAUAAACUGAUUAAGUUUUAGUAAUAAGAGAAGGUAGAACUAAAAUAUUUGGAUACAUCUCAAAAUUAAUUACUGAGAGAUAAUUAGAAGAUAAGAGAAAUUUCAUAGUUCAAAAUUAAAUUUGA